UCAUCAUCCCCCGCUCAAACAUCAAUGAAUUAGCAUUUAGAAAACUGAUUGAGUCAGCCCUUUCACUCAGCUCGUCAGUCAGUCUCUACGCUUCGCAGCUAUCAGCACGUACUUUCAUCCAGCUCAUCUCGCUUACUUGCAGCCCUUCGACAUGGACAUCUCACGUGACGCUCUGGCCGCACUCCUUGGUGGCGAGUAUAUCAGUGACGAAGUGAUAAAUCCGUUUUUUGAUUUACUUCAAGAGAGAUCUUCAACUUUACGUGCUCUGCCGAGGAUCAAAAUCCUGGACUCGUUUCUGUUUCAGUCUUUCCAGAAUCGCGGCCCAGCAGCCCUUGUUUGGAGAAAGAAAAAUCUGGACUUCAAGAACUUGGACUUCAUUUUGGUGCCUUACCACGCCUCCAAGCACUGGUCCCUGGUGGUAGCGGACCUGAGAACCCCCGCCUUAAUGUACUUGGAUAGUAAGCACUUCAGUCCAGCUUCAUGUCUCGCGAAGUUCAAGACGAUUCUCCAACACCUCCUUCCCGAAGAGGACAUCUCAAGAUGGCCAAGUUGGCCCGUCGCCGUGCCUCUACAGCAGAAUGAAGUCGACUGCGGCCCCUUUACCUGCGUAUUCGCCGAAGCAGUUUCACGUCGCGCAUCAAUCGCCUUCCCUCCAAACUUAGCCAUCAGCACCAAUUUACGUGUAGUGUUGAAAGACAUUCUGCUCACUGGCCGCGCAGUACCCAUGUCCAGCGGCGAGUUCAGCCAAGCGCCUCUUCAUGUACUUUACCCUCCGCUCCAACCUCAGCCGGUGGCUCCACAGAGCUCGUGCCCCGCCGUUGCAGACAACCCAAACUGCACCGUGCAGAUUGCUCCAGCCACCCUUGCCAGUAUGAGAGAGUACGUCGAGCGUAAUCUAAACAGAAGACGUGUGCUACCAUUCGCGUUCUACCCGCUUAACUGCUCUAAACGAGUGAGAUUGUACCCAAGAGAAGCAGCUGAGAUUUUAAGAAGCGCUCGUCGCUAAUCAGCCCACGUCAUUCUUGUGUAAAUUCGUUAAAUUCUUGUGUAAAUUCGUUAAAUUCUCUAAUAUUUUAUGUAAAUUUUAAUUUGUGUCCGCUCUGAA